AUAAUUUAAGCAUUUCUGUUUGUAACUACCUCGUUAAAGUUUAUUUUGUUUUUUUCUUAAAAACUCAAAAUGCCAGAAAUAACUGUUAAUGUUAAAAGUUCUAAUGAUCAAAAAUAUAGUAUAACGAUAGAUACUUCAAAAACAGUUUUAGAAUUCAAGAAGGCAAUUGCUGAGAAAUGUGAUACCGCAGCAGAAAGACAGAGGUUGAUAUACGCUGGUAAGGUUUUGAAAGAUAAUGAUACACUUGAAACUUAUAAAAUCGCAGAAGGUAACACUGUUCAUAUGGUGAAGGGAGCUGUACCAGCUGGUACAUCACAAUCAUCGCAACAAGAAACACGACCCCCAACUACACCAGCUACUACUACUACUCCACCAACCACACAAUCUACUGUUCCUCCUGUGCAACCAAAUCCAUUGGAAGCAUUUGGAGGAUUAGGUGGAUUAGGUGGAUUGGGUGGAUUGGGUGGAUUAGGUGCUAUGGGAGGAGGACUUAAUAAUCCAUACGAAGGAAAUACAAAUACUGCACAUGCAUUUGAACAAUUUCUUAACAAUCCCGCAAUGAUGCAAUACAUAUCGACAUUGUUGCAAGAUCCUCAAUUUAUGGAAAAUAUGGCCGCUUUGAAUCCUCAAAUCGCACAACUCGCACCAAUGAUGCAAGAUCCAGAAUUUCAAGCUCUCUUAUCAAAUCCUGAAGCUCUUAGAGGCAUGGCAUCACUUAUGACACCAGGACCUUUUACUGGAGGUAAUGCUUUUGGUGGAUUUGGAGGGCAAACCACCAGACCUAAUACUGCAACGACUACACAACCUUCUACAACCAAUACAACCACCAAUCAAUCAGCCACAACAACAACAACAACAACGGGUACAACACCCAACAACACAGCCCCUAAUUUAAUUAAUACAACUAAUACAACACCACCAUUUAAUCCUCUUUUAAGUCUUCUUGCCGGUGCAGGUAAUCCGAAUUCUACACUUUGGGAAACUCCAGCUGCGCCACAGCAACCUCCUGAAGAAAGAUUUCAAGUUCAACUUCAACAAUUGAAUGAGAUGGGAUUUUGGGAUGCACAGAAAAAUAUUAGGGCAUUAUUGGCUUGCGGGGGAAAUGUACAAGCUGCUAUUGAAUAUCUAUUGUCUGGUAAUCUUUAACUGAAUGGGAAAAUAAUAUAUAUAUAUAUAUAUAUUUUUUUUUUUUUUAAUAUCAUU